GUGUGUCUGCGUGUGCGUGUGCGUGUGCGUGUGUGUAUGUGUGUGUGUGUGUGUGUGUGUGUAGUUACCGUUACCAUUUUAUUAUGUGUGUGUCUUAUAUUACAGCCAUGCUGAACAUCAGCGGCCAGAGAGAGAGGAGAAGGGAGGAAAAGCCUGUUUACACAGACUGCAAACCGCCUGGGGAAUAAGUGCAGUAAAGGAAGUGAGCCGGCUCUCUGUCUGACUGCUCCAACUUCCUGCUCUCUCUCACACACACACAGCAGAAAAAAAAGAGAGAGGGAGAGAGAGAGAGAGAGGGAGAGGGAGAGAGAGCGAAAGAAAAAAAAAGGGGGAAAAAUCAGGAUCUCAUUACAAGAGAAACAGACCGUUCGCAGACGCCUGUCAGCAUGGAAAAUCAGGGGGUUUUACCCAGUUCAUCUUAAAAUAUUAACCAGCAGAAGAAUUGGUUAAAGCUCAUCCUACAUCUGGGUAUGGAGAGUGCAAUCACACUGUGGCAGUUCCUGUUGCAGUUGCUGCUGGACCAGAAGCAUGAGCAUUUAAUCUGUUGGACGUCCAACGAUGGUGAAUUCAAGCUUCUUAAGGCGGAAGAGGUGGCCAAGCUGUGGGGAUUGCGCAAGAACAAGACGAAUAUGAACUACGACAAGCUGAGCCGAGCCCUGCGAUACUACUACGAUAAGAACAUCAUCAAGAAGGUGAUCGGCCAGAAGUUCGUGUACAAGUUCGUCUCGUUCCCGGAGAUCCUGAAGAUGGACCCGCACGCCGUGGAGCUGAGCCGGGAGAGCCUGCUGCUGCAGGAGGCGGCCGAUUGCCAGGCGGCUCCCACGGAAGGCCGCGAGGGCCGCGGGGAGCAGCCCCAGCAGCCUCCGCCGCCGCCGCACAAGCACGGCCUGGCGGCCCUCAAGAGCACCAGCCGCAACGAGUACAUCCACUCGGGCCUCUACUCGUCCUUCACCAUCAACUCCCUGCAGAGCCAGCCCAUUAAGGUGGAGAAGCUGGACGAGCCGCUGGACGGGGCGGCCCCGGCGGACGAGGUCAGGACGGUCAUCAGGUUUGUGACCAAUAAGACAGACAAGCAGCUCCUGAGGCCCGCGGUGUCCCUGCCCUCCACCUCGGAGGCCUUCCUCACCUCCUCGGUCUCGGCCCACAUCUCGUCCUUAAUGCUGCCCAGCGCGGCCAGCGUGGCCUCCACCUCCCCGUCCUCCUCUCGCUCCCCUUCCCUGUCCCCGGCCUCCCCGCUGCCCUCGGAAGCCAGAAGUCUCUUCCUGGAGGCCAGCUGCCGGGAUCCGGACUCUCUGGAGCCUCUGAAUCUAUCCUCAGGCUCCAAGACCAAAUCGCCAUCUCUUCCCCCAAAGGCUAAAAAACCCAAAGGUUUGGAGAUCUCUGCCCCGCCGCUCGUCCUGUCCAGCAAUGACAUCGGCUCCAUUGCCCUCAACAGCCCAGCCCUUCCCUCGGGAUCUCUCACUCCGGCCUUCUUCACAGCACAGAGUCCAAGUGGAUUGCUGCUGACGCCCAGCCCGCUGCUGUCUAGCAUUCACUUCUGGAGCAGCCUGAGCCCGGUGGCCCCGCUGAGUUCAGCCCAGCUGCAAGGACCCAACACUUUGUUUCAGUUCCCAACUCUGCUCAACGGCCACAUACCAGUGCCAAUCCCCAGCCUGGAUAGAGCCUCUUCCCCAGGACUGCUUUCUUCAAGUGCUCAGAAAUCCUGAUGAUCUCUCUCUCCGAAUUAAGGACUCCCCCGACGACGGGCUAGUUUUCCUAUGUCGUGACAAAGACAUUGUGAAACCCUGUUACUUUGGUUUGCACUUUCCAUUACGUGGAUAGUCUAGUUUGUUGCAUUAGCAUUUUUUUAAAACAGUUUUUUAUAUAUAUAUGUCUCAGCAUAUAUAAAAUCCUGUUUUGCAUUAAAUGAUUUUUUUCAUGUUUUUAUAUUCUCUUAGCUCUCAAGUGUUGAACACUGUUGACAGUGAAGAACUUUUCUUAAUGGAUUUCAUUGUAUCUAAUAAGGAUGUGAAGCUUCCCCUCCCCCCUUUAAUUCUGCACUGUGCUUAUGUACACUAUAACCGGCUGUGCCUUCCUUUGCAUAAUGUUUAAUGUUAUGUAAAAUGAUUUAUAUAUUUUCUAGCAUUAAGAGAAAAUGGUUGAAAGACAAAAAAUUAGUAUCCAACGGCGCUAUGGUAGUGUUGCAUUAUUUUUCACAAGUAGGCAAUAUGGAAGCACAUUCAUAUAACUUUUUACUUUGUGCUUUCAAAUUGUAUACAAAGUUGCCUUAUAAUGUUUUGAACUGAAAGACAAUAGUAAAUCUACUGUCCAAGGUAAUGCGUUGUUUUUUUUUUUUAAAGAAUAAACCAAGCCAUAUUUAGACAAUGAAUAUUCAUAGACUGACAUGUUCUUGAGGGCAUAUUAAAAAGCAUCAUUUCAAAAGACAAGCCUUCUAGCUGCUGACAGGACCUUUCCGAUUCUUUGCAAACAGGGACUGAAGAUGCAAAAGCUACAGAAAGAGACCCUCUGUCCGCCUCCCCCUUGGGACCUGUCUUGGAUUGCUUCCAGUCCUUACGUGUUCUCUUAACAAACGAGGAUGACUAGGGCUUCCAUUUUCCACAGAGAAUGACUCAUCCGAAUAGAUUGACUCUGUCAAUAUGUGUUCAGGGUGUCUUGAAGCCCUUAGGAUCAUAGGUAGAAUAUUUCAAACUUAGUGUUUUGAAAGGGGGUUCUCGGUUUUGGAAAUUUGGAUGGAAUGCUCUACUUACUUGACUUAUCUCAAAUGUAUGGUCGAGGUGAAGCAAACCUAAUAUGAGUUCAAAUUCAUCAUUUUCUGGAAGCACUAUUCUUGUGGAGCUGACUCUAACCGUUUCAAGUAAUGUGGAACAAGCUAUAUAGUCAAUGUGCAUUUGCAAUUUAGAGCAGUGAUUACCAAUGUGUCCUGGGGGACAAAGCAUAAAUGAACUUUCCUUCUAAUUCUAUUUUCUGUUCUUUGAAGAGAUUAUGGGCAUCCUAAUACAGGAUGGAAGAAAAGACCCCAGGAAAAGUGUCUAGUUACCGGUAAAUUCAAGAUUCUGUUAAUUACAAUCCCUAAUUACUUUACUAAUCAUGAAAACAAUCUUGAACGAUUACUGUACAGCUAAUUGGUCUGGACCAUCCAUUAAAUGCACUACUAUGGGACAACCAUAAAUAUUAACCUAUAUAUAAAGUUCUGACAACUUGUACUUAAAUAUUUUUCAAGUCAAAUAUUCAGAUACCCUUUUUUAAAAAAUGUUCAGGGAUUCCAAAUUUUUGGAUCAUUUGGGAUAUUGGAGGGUAGAAGGAAUCAAAUAUACAGAUGCCGACUACAAAGUAGCAAGGCCAGCCUUGGUAGCUUAUGGCAUCAGUCUUAUUACUGUUAUGCUACCAGAUUAUAGGCAUAUCUCAUUUUUUUCCAAAGUAUCUGACCAGAAGUGGCACAUGGGCAGACGCUGGGAUUCCAUCCAUUUCUUCCUUUUCCUUAAGAAUGGAGUAACAAAAACCUAAGGAGGUUAGGUGACUUAUCUGAAGCCCCACACAUGUUAAUGAGUCAAGAUCUGACUCCCGAUUGAGUAUGUCUUCCACUGUGCCAUCUUGUCGCAUGCCACUAUUCCCACGGUUGGAAAAAAACGAAAGGGUAGAAACCUUUUUCAUUGCUUGAGUCACACAGAAAAAAGAGGCUUGAAAUAUAACCAAAGUAGUCUCUAAAAUUGCAUAGCUAUGAUAAGAAGUCAUUCCCUCAACACAGUUCCUACAAUAAUGAUCAAGGUGUUGAAUCAGAUCUAAGCACCCUCUGUCAAUAGUUGGCAAAUACCUAAAUCUGACUUGGUUUGGUCCCAUCCCUGCUGCCCCCCCCCCCAAUUGUCUCCUAAAUCAGCCAAAUCUAUAGUGGGUUGCUACAGUUGGAAAAAUACCAUACUUAUGCUGGGUUAAGAACUCUGCUAAUUGAGCAAAAUGAAUGAUAGCUGGAAGUAUUUGGAGAUAAGCUGUCACUGGCCCUGCCCCAUUCUAUUUUUCACACAGACAUAUUUUUUCCCUUUAGAAGAUGACAUUUGCAAUAGCAUUUAAAAACAACAACCACCUAUUAAAGAGUUCUUCAGCCCCACGCCUGCGGAUUCUAUGCGAUGGUGAAAAUGCUGCGCAACCAUUAAGCUGUAUGUUGGAUUCUUUACAUACACAUCUCACCAAAUGGACAGAACUGAAAAUCCUCAUUCAUUUGCAUUUAUGUAUGUAUCAUUUUUACUGUUACAUUUUUUUGUUCAAUAAACAAUUUUUUUUAAAAAAAAAAUCUUACACUAGCAUUUUGUAAUAGAGACUUUGGUCAGCAGAAGAGUGACACUUGAAAGAAGAAACACGACCCAACAGUUGUGAGUUUCAGAUUGCCUCAAGCUGGAGGAGAACCCACCUGAGAACUUAGGUGGGAAAAGCAGCAUGAGGAAUGAGCAAAGCCAUACACCUGGGGACUGACUCUAAGUUGGGAAAUGAAUCAGACUUCAGGAAGUCACCUCAUUUAGAAAACAUACUGUCUCCUCUUCCACAUACCUGUAAGAGCAUUAACUUGUCCAACUUUGUAUCACAUAAUGUCUGUGGCAGGCAGACAUUAAAAAGAAAUAAAUCUAGCUGGCCAGUUCUUUUGAGGGAAAUUAAUCCCCCCCUAACCUUUUUGUAAAAAACAGAAGGGUCAAAGCUAUGAGUCUGUGGGAAGGAAAGUGUCUUCCCUUUCCAUGGUCUCAUGCUUUUUUGGGGGGGACGGGGGAUGGGACUAGUGUGUGUUUACAGUCUGCCCACAGUACAGGGACAUUCCUAAUUGGAAAUAUUCUAAAUGUGGCAAAAAGCGUAAGAGCUAAGAAUUAACUAUGGAAUAAGGGGUGAGGAUCAGUAGAGAGAUGCUACAGCGCCAGCCAGGCAAAGUUUUCAUUUCCUUAUGAAUGGGCAACAUCUGUACCAAUAAUUCUUAAUUUGCUGUGGUUACUAAUGUGGUUCAGGAUGCUAAACCACCAGUCACUGACAUCUUCCCCCCCCACCCCACUUUUGUUUUUGUUUUUUUCAUCACAGGGGCAUUUGUAUUGUCCCUCUUUAAAAAAACAAAAAAACAAUAGGGUUAAAAAAAAAGGGUAGAAAAGAUGUACGUUCUUUCCUUCUUACCUCUGAGAACCUUGCUGGUUUUGGAUGAGAGAGAACUUUUCAACAGUAACCCAUUACCGAGGUCCAGGGUCCUUCACUUGUUUUCGGUCCCGAGUGUCGGCCAGGUGAAACUGGAGCAGCAGACUUGCUUCCCCGACAGAGAAACAAAAUAGAGAGCCUCUCCAGGUAUCCCCAGCAAACAUGAGUUUGGAUGGCAAUCACUGGAAACAUUUUUUGAACUUUCUUGCGAGAAUCAGGCUUUGGGGAUGAAGCUAAGCAGGUGAAAGCUGUGACCAUUUGCCCCACAAAGCACAACUUCUCUCCCACUGAUCCAUAUAAAAUGAAAACUGGCCCCUAACACAAGCUUGGCAGCAGAAAGGACCUUCUCCAAAGGUGACAGACCCUUGUUACUCCCAUCAAGGGGAAUGAGAUGUAAGGGGUAACAGAAAGUGACUCUACUGUGCCCCAUUGAUCCCUUUUCUGUGGAAGAAUCACAAUUCAACAAAACGGUAUUUUAACAACAUGGAGAUUUUGUUAUUAUAAACUUCAAAACAAAACCAAGGAAUUCCACAUAAUAUUUAUACUUUCAAAAGUACAAUAUUAAUACGUGUUUGUCAGUUAGAAAUAACAGCAGUUUGUUAGGUCUACAGGAUUUUACGUAAAACCAGUUUACAAAUGCUGGAAAGCAGUAGUGGUCCAAUAUUCACCAGUAUACAUGAAUCUGUUUCUUCCAGAAAAUUAAAAAACAAAAAAACAAAAA